AUGCAAAUCGCUCUAGAUGAAAGCACCAAGGAAACGUCUCGGCAACGAGGCCCAGGUCUUCUUCUCCACGGGCUCGGGCUCGUCAAUCUGGAGGUCCAUUUGGUCCAAGGGCACGUACAUGCGCCAGUCGCGGGUGCCGAUCUUCCAGCCCAGGUACAGAACGACGGUGACGGGCGCGGCCAGAUCUGGGGGGUAACUUACGUAGAGAGCGUUGUAGAAGGUGGCCAUGAGGGCAAUGACGGAGAGGAAGAUACCGAUGUAGCUUCCAAUAACACCGUAGGGGCUCUUGAAGGGAAUGAGCUCGGUAGAGAUGCCCUGGACCUUGAAGGCAGCGCGCAUGCGAAUAUGGGCCAGGCAGACGGUUCCCCAGACCAGCAGGUAGGCGAGACCAGUGAGAGCCAAGAGCCAGCCGAAGACAUCACCGCUCUUGCCGGACUCGCCAAUGAAGGCCAGGAGACCGAAUGCGAGCUGGAUGAGAAUGCACCAGAGGGGACGACCCUUGGAGUCGACGUAGGCGAGGAACCUGGGGGCCAUACCGCGCUGGGCCAUGGCCUGCAUGGUGCGGGUAGAUCCGAAGGUGCAGGAGUUGGCGACACUGAGGACGGAGAUGGUGAUGACGGCGUUGAAGAUGGAGGGGAGGACCUUGAUGCCAGCGUCCUGGAUGGCAAGGACGAAGGGGGAGGCCUUGGUGUUGGCACCGCUGGAGCCCAGCAGACGGGUGUCGUCAGAGGGGAGGAUGAGGCCGAGGAUGAAGAGGUUGAUGAUGUAGAACAGGGCAAUUCGGAAGAAGACCUGCUUGCUAGCCUGGGGGAUGGACUUGCGGGGAGUGGCAGACUCAGCAGCGGCGAGACCAACCAUCUCAGUACCACCGAAGGCGAAGGCGGCAACGACGAAGACGGAGCAGAAUCCAGUGAAGCCGUUGCGGAAAGCGCCAGGCUCGACCCAGUACUUGCCGCCGAUGUAGCCCUUGUCGCCGGCGCCGCCGCAGUUGAUGACGAUACCGAGGAUCAUGAAGCCAAUGCAGGCGAGGAUCUUGAUGAGGGAGAGGACGAACUCUACUUCACCGUCGCGCUGGAGGACACCUCCAGUGGUAGGCUCGCUGUUGCCUUGGGUCUCAUCGACCUUGGUCACAACGGCAGCAUCCUUCUCAAUGUCGCUGGAGCUGCCGUUGACUGGCGCUUGGGAAGCCAUCUUGGCGAAGAGGUUGAUCCCCUUGUUGUGGAGGAGGAUUGGUAG